AUGGAAACGAUAUGGGAAAAUAUAUGCACAGCGCUGGAGGUUUCACCGGAGCUAUCGGAGAAGUGGCUGGCCAAAUUGCAUGCCCAGUACACGGAGCCCCAUCGACACUAUCACAGCGAGUCCGAGCUGAUCCGCAGAAAAGUGCCUCAUUUGUUAGGGGCCAGUGUAUGUUUGCAGCUAGCCACCCUGUUCCAGUAUUUCCAUUUCGAGGCAGAAAAAGACUGUAUGCCGCGAAACUGCGAGGUGGUCACCGAAUUUUUCACGGAAAACAAACAUUUGAGUAAAUCGCUGGAAAACAAUGUAAAACGAUUGCUUGGAGACCCGCAAGCGGAUGCAAGCGAACUGACAGAAGAUGAUGUUCAAUUUUUCCAAGACUUGGACCUGUUGGUGCUGGGCACUCCUCCAGAUGAGUACAAGCAGUAUACCGAGCAACUUCGUGCCGAAUGUACCCCGGAAGACGUUAGUUCCUAUGACAAAAUGCGACUGAAGUUGCUACAGACUCUUAGCCGUAUACCGACCAUUUACCUUACGAAGGAAUUCAAUGAACGCUUUGAGGAUGUGGCGCGGGCCAAUAUUGAACAAGAAAUAAAGGAUUUGCAAGUGAAGUAAAGAUGAUUGUUGAAACUCACCUGAAUUUAAAAGAGAUCUUUCGAACCGAGCUGUCGCUAAAUAAAUCAGUAUAAAAUGACGAGAUUGACGUAGAUGCAAAUCGCACAACCGAUCAAAAUGUGUUCCCGCGUACAUUGACCACA